ACUGAAAGCGGUUUGAAUCAGGAAGUGCUGAAUGUGAACAUGGCUUCCAGACAGCAGCUCCUGAGACUGACGGAGGAGGCAGUUUGUCCCAUUUGUCUGGAUUUCUUCACCGAGCCGGUUAUACUGGAUUGUGGGCACAACUUCUGCCGCUCCUGUAUCACCCAGAGUUGGGAAAAGAAGGAGAUAAACUCCUGCCCGGAAUGUAGAGAGGUGUUUCCGGAAAGAAAUCUCAGGGUAAAUCUGGCCUUAGCGAAUCUGGCCGAGGAGGCUCGGAAAUUAAAGCUGGAUCCGAAAGAGAAUGAGAGUAAACCUCACUGUGAGGUACAUCAGGAAGAUCUGAAGCUGUUUUGUCAAACUGACAAGAAAUUGAUCUGUCUGAUUUGUCGAGAUUCGCGGGAACACAGAGAGCACCGCUUCCUGCCGAUCGAUGAGGCCUUUGAAACCUACAAGAAUAAGCUGAAAUCUUCCUUAGAUUCUCUCACAAAGAAGAAAUCGGCCGUUGUAAAAACCGAACUGACCCUGAAACGGAAGAUUUCCGAAGUGAGGGAACAGGCGAGCAGUCUGCAGAUCCACAUCACAUCCGAGUUCACUAAAAUGCACCAGAUUCUCACUGAGAAAGAGCAGCGUUUACUCAGAGAUCUCAGGGAAGAAGAGGAGAGGAUUGUAGAACCAAUGGAGAAAAACCUUCGAGAGAUUCCGGAGAAUUUAAAUUCUAUUGAGAAGAAAUUCUCAAAGUUGCAGAAACAGAUGGAGCUAAAAGACGAGCUGAUGUUUCUGAAGGAGGAAGCUGGUCGGAAGAGAAGGAUUAGUGAUGAGGAGAAGGCAGCUGCUGAUGGCUCUCUGUCUCUAGCACAGUUCACUGGCCCUUUACAGUACACAGUCUGGAGAGAAAUGUUGCACACUAUUAACCCAGCUCCAGCCUCUCUGACUCUGGAUCCGAACACAGCGCAUCCCCGGCUCAUCCUGUCUGAGGACCGGACCAGUGUGAGACUCGGAGACAAACGGCAGCGGCUCCCUGACUCCCCGGAGAGAUUUGAUUCCUGGUUCUGUGUCCUGGGAUCAGAGGGAUUCACAUCAGGGAGACAUUACUGGGAGGUGGAGGUGGGGGAGAAGAACCAGUGGUUUCUGGGAGUGGCCCGAGAGUCUGUGAUGAGGAAAGGGAGGACCAACUCGAGCCCGGAGACUGGAUUCUGGACUGUGCAGCUGGAUCCCGGAUGCCGUUAUUUUGCCGCCAACUCCCCCUGGGAGACCCCCCUCUCCCCGAGUGUGAAUCUCCGGAAGAUCGGGGUUUUCCUGGACUAUGAGGGUGGACAGGUGUCAUUUUACAAUGCGGACACCAUGUCCCAUCUCCACACUUUCACCCACACUUUCACUGAGAGGAUCUUUCCCAUCUUCUGUCCGGGAGGGAAUGACGGCGGGAAAAACUCCGCCCCGCUGACAAUCUGCGGGAUUAAAGGGCACUGACAGAUCCAUCCCAUAAUUGCACCCCGUCCCCCUGCCAGCUGUAAACUGAUGGGGGUCGGUCUCAGUCUGGGGGAGAGAAGGAGGGGGCGAGAGAAGAAACAAAUAGAAGCUCAAUUGUAGAGAGGGACUGACUGGGUAGAAUGAGCUGUGAGCUGCAGGAACCCGGGGACCUUCCUGCCUGUAAUGUUGCUCCACAGGCGGGAGGUGGCGCUACAUGACGGUGUUGGAGAUGAAUCCGUCAGCGGGUCUCAGACUGGGGGGGUUCAAGGGAGACUUUCCAGGAGGGACACCAAAUCAUUUCACUGCAGGGUCAGUGGAGUGUUUCCGGGGGGAAGUUUAAAUCAUUUCACUGCACAGUCAGUGGGGUCUUUGCGGGGGGACUGGGCUCAAUCAAAAUAAACAUUUCAGACUGAUCUUUAGACUUCCAUCAUGUGUCACUAAUGUACAUGAGUUAGUAACAUAGCGAGACUGGUUUUGUAUUGUUCAGGUUUGUAACUAUUGUCCAGAAUGUUGCUGCUCUUCCAUAAAAUUGGAAAAUUUGAAAACCUCAGAUUUGAAAGUGAUGGGUGAACUGAUCAUUUAUGUCAUAAUCAGAUAAUAUUUAACCCUGUUUGAAACCGUUCAGCUGGUACAAACUGCAAUGUAGUUGGAAUUACAGUUAUCACUCGUCCCUGAGUUAUUAUCUAUCAUCAUUAUCUCAACUAAGAUAAUCCUUAAGUCAGCCCAAGGAAAAUGUCUGUUUAAUAACAAUCAUUACUCCAGCACUCUGUGCGCGAAACCAGUUCAGAUUUUGACAAUGUUUACGUUUAUGUCAUUAUAAUUUAUUUUGGAGGGCAGUAUCAAAUUUGAAAAUAGUUUCUUCAAUCAAAUCAACAUCUGUGAUUCACUAGAGUGUAAGAAAGGCUUUUUAAAAAGAAAUAUUUCAUCAAUAAAUCCAAGGGAGUAAACCUGUUAA